AUGACUUUUUAUGCAAUUAGUUCAGGCUUUUCAUUCUGCCCUACUACGUUGGAGCUUUUGUCGAUCAAUCGUUGGCAUUUAAUCGUAGAAGGGAUGACAAGGCGAAGAUUAGGCCAGAAGUACGACUUGGAAUUCGACCAAGAAGACAACUCUCUCACCUACGAGACAAUCCCAGGCAUGGGUCCAGGAGCAAAACCACCUCCUUCAGUAUGCAGUUUGACCAGCAGUAGACUGGAGAAUGGACUAAUUAGGUACACUAAGGAGAAGGAAUUUUUUAUGUUUGAAAGUGAGGUUUAUAAGACUAAUCUGAACUCCAAAGAGAAAUACAUAAUGGACAGUCCUCAACCUUCUCUUUUUCCUGGUCGUCGCCAUUUCAAACCAUUUACAAACAUUGUUUUGAGCUAUCCCACGCUCUCGCAUGGUGCUGUUACGACUCAACUUAUAUUUAUCUCUACAGGAACAGAUUCAGCAAGCAGCGCAGAUGCAAUCACGAAGAUUUACGCCUGUGCAACGAUGUGGCAUGAAACGACGCAUGAGAUGACGUGCAUGCUGAAGAGCAUCUUCCGAAUGGACGAAGACCAAUGCGCUCGCCGAAAUGCACAAAAAUAUCUGAAA